CAGGCUCUGGGCUAAAUCUUAUGUCUGUGGCUUAUUUAAUUCUCAUAACAACCCUAAUUAGUUUCAUUUUAUGAUGAGUUGUGCAGUUACUCUGCACACAGAGAGGUGAAGUAACUUGCCCAAGGUCAAACAGCUUCUGAGUGGUAGAGCCUGGAUUCAAAUCCAGAGAGUCAGCUUCCAGCAUAUCCACUGUUUAACCACUACCACUACCCAGAAAAUCUGCUAAGCCUUUUCCUUUAAAUAAAUGCUAUGAAUCUGAAGUAAGGAGCAAUUACUGUGGCUUGAGGGCCUCCAUAAAGGUUUCCUGGAGAAGGUGGGGCCUGAUUUGGGCCUUGAAGCAUGGGCUGAAUGAGGAUAGGAAGGGGAAAAGAGCAGAUAUUCAAUUUAAUUACUGUUCUCCUUUGAAUUAGCACUUGCAGCCUAGAAUGGCAAAGCUAGCAGGAUCCUAAAGAUCAUCUAGCCCAGGGGUUCUCACUCUCUUAGGAUGUGGACAUUUUUCUUUAAGUCAACGGUGAACCGAGAUCCCACAUACACCCUAACCCCUGAGGCCUCUUUUAUUUUUGCUGCCUAGAGGAGAAGGCAGCGGAGGCAAUGGCUCACUAAAGGCAGGAAUGAAGGGGCCACUUUAAACAGUGAGUAACCAGCUCUGCUGCUGCCUCUUAUCUAUUUUCCCUUGUAUCUUUGCCUCAGAUCGAAUUGUUGACAACUACAGAUGGGAAAAUGAGAGCAAAUAAAAGGAGUUGGGGCUUAGAACUUCUGUAGAUGAACAUGAAGGGUGUUUUAGUUGGAUGGGGUCUUGAAGAAAGACCUGAAUACUUUGGGACUGGAGAGAAAACGUAAACCUUUCCUACAUCCUGUAUUGCACCGUGGUCUCCCGGUAAUGUAUCAGCUGCUAUAUGUGCAGGUGAAAUUUGUCUGUAUUCGGACCCAGUCAAACAGGAAGAGAACAGCAGCGGCGGCUAUGUGCCCAGCAUACUUGCUCCUGCGGUACAAUGAGAAACUGGAUAGACUAUUUAUCAGUGAACUCAACACACAGCAUAUACACGUUGACUCCAAAACCGCGGGUCCUAGAGGAGACGCCACUGGCAAAUCUCAGAAGAAACUCCAGCCUGCACAGCCCACGAUCAACAAAGACCUUGGCACAGCUGAGAAGUCCCUGGUUGAGCCAUCAUUUUGCUUAGAUAAGGUCCAAACACCCUCAAAGCCAGAGCAGGAGGGCAUCACUCCUUCUGACCUGGCCAAGAUAGCCAAAGUGAUGAAGAACUUUCUUAAGGUGGAUGUGGGUUCCAUGGCCUCCUUCAGUGUGGGCAGCAGCCAAGACCUGGACAGGCUCAGCUUCCAGAGCAGCAAGAUGAGCGACCUCUUCAUCCGCUUCCCUGAGAAUCUCUUGCUGCACCGGGUGGAGAAUGCCCAGGGCCACAUCCUCUACGCUUUCUUGGUGGAGAGCAAAGAACGAGAGGGGCGAGUGGUACACUUUGCGGUGCUCAAGGCCGAGACAGCCACAUCCGUGGCCAAGAUGCUUAGUAUCUUCACAGAGUUCAACUCAGAUUGGCCCAAGGUCAAGGUGGUCUUCGUGGACCCGUCCUUCCCUCAUCGAGCCAUCCUGCAGGAGAUCUUCCCUACUGCCCGCAUCCUCCUCUCCAUCUAUCACACGACCCGACUCUUGGAGAAGAAGUUGCAUCGUAGUUCAGCAGAUCCAUCCUUUAAAAGGCUCAUGAAGGAAGCCCUGCGGGAGGCCGUGUUUGUCACUUCCGAGGCCAGCCUGCAAAAUCUCUGCCAGAUGUCCCAAGCCCUGCUCGAUGAGCGGCUCUUCAGCUUCCUUCAGGCCCACUGGUUCUCCUGUGAACUGCUGUGGUACACGCACGUCAGGAAGGGCCUGCAUGCCUGUAACACCUACAUGGACAGCCUGGACGUCGUCACCAGCAAGGUGUCGAGCCUCUUCCGGGAGCAGCAGUCCCUGCUGGACUGCAUCCUCCGCUUUGUGGAUUACAUAGACUUCUUUAACACCAAAGGCUUGAAGAACUUGCCCACUGCUCCCCCCAGGUUAAAGAGAGCCCGGGCAGCAAGCAUGGCACCAAAGUCCAAGAAGGCUUCUGGAAUCUGCGGAGGGAGCCUCAGCAGGCUGCCCGUGCAAGAGGCACAGCCAGAGCCGCAGCAGGUGCAGGCGCCGCGGCAGCAGCCCCAGGGGCAGCCCUCCCAGGACGGCAUGCUAGACUCCUUACUCCACAGUGGCUCCGAUCUGGCCUACAAGCUAUGCCACAAUGAGUGGGCGGUGGUGCAGAACUCCACGCACCUGGUGGACGUGGCCGGCUGCUCCGUGGACGUGCAGCUGCUAGAGGACUCCCAGCAGGCGAGCAAAGACGGCUGCAGCUGCAGCUGCUCCUUUCAACAGCGGUACCACCUGCCGUGCCGGCACAUUUUGGCCCUGCUGCACACCAGCCAGAGGCCCGUGGGCGAAGCCAUGGUGUGCCGCCGGUGGCAGAAGAGGUACCAGCACCUGCUCGGGCCCAGCGGGGAGCUCCGGGACCCUGUCCUGAUGCCGAACGCAGGCCAGCCAGGGGAGAAAGGGCGGAACGACAUGAUUCAGGACCUAAGCAGGGAGCUCGCGAACCUGCUGAUGCAGAGUGAGGGACCAGAGCUGGAGGAGCGCUGUUCCACCUUGCGCAAGAUUGUGGACAUCUGGGCGGCCCCCUGCCAGCCUCCUGAGCCCAGUCAGCGGCCGGGGGACUUCAAGGAUGUGGGCCGCCUCCCUUUCCUCUGGGGAAAGCAGGAGGAAGGGGAGGGACUCACUCCUCCUGGAGCCACAAUUCACGAUUGAAGCACUUGCACUGGCGCAAUGGGCCACAGGCCACUGUCCCUGGAAGUCUGAGAGCUCAAAGCGGGCAGGACAUGCUAGGGGUCAGCGUUUUAACCAAUGUCUUCCUAGGUAGGGUGAGGAAAAUUGUUCCAACAGGACGAAGAAGGACCCCACUAUGUGACAGUCCUUUGAAUCUACCCCUUUUCUGCCCUACCUUUGAUUUUCCUCGGGAGCCUCAUUCAUUGUUCAAGGCCAAAGUUAUCUCCAUGCUGAAGGGUCGUCCCUUGUUCUCCCUCAACCCCUGAAUUUAGAUCUUAUUCACUAUAUAGAGAUGAAACCCUGCCCCAGGUUAGGGUGAGAUAAAACGGACCUGAUGAAAGAGCCUGGUUUCAGGGACAAAAGGAAGGAGGGUGAUCCUUGGGUGUUGCUGCUCUUUACAAAGAAUUUGUUAUUUGUACCUAUUUUUAUUCAUAUUAAAGUUUUUGUUUUGUUUUUGUUUUUUAAAUAAAAUCAAAGAAGCAGGGGAAAUGCGUUCUGCCUGAACAGGGAAGGGAUCUGAUGGGGGUUGUGGAACCAAAUGGAGCCUGAUGCCUCAGAUUCAAUGAGUAGCAAUCCGCCCCUUACUUCACCCUCUUCCUGCAACCAAGCCUUCAACAUUGAUUUCAGGCUGCCUCAUAUUCUAGCAGGAAGAAGCCAGAUAGAUUGGGAGGGAAGAAACCUGGGCCUGAGACUUGACUGCCGUCAACUUGCUGGGAGACUGUGGGCAAGUCCCUAAUUUCUCUGACCCCAGUUUCCUCAUCUGUAAAAAUUAGUGUGUUGGCCUGUUCUAAUUCCAAUUUCCCCUCUAGAUUCAAUGCAGUUUUAAGCACCAACACAGACUUUUGUUGUUGGUAGUUUGCAGUGUUAAUCACCUAAAGCCUGGUAGCCACCCAGCUUUCCAAGAGCCAUCUUCAUGGGAACCGAGGUCAAAAGAUGACCUUAACAGUCCCAGCGCUGUGCUGGAGCUCGCCUGCAAAAUACUGGAGGGGGUUGGGCUGGGCAACACCGGAGUUCAGCUCUCUCAAGGUCUGGGUCUCUUUAAUUCCAGGAGUUGGGUCCCUUGACCCCUGUUGGAGAGACAGAAUUUGAGACCUGGCCCUCAGUCUCCCCAUAAGGCAGAAGACACUGUACCAUUACAUAGGCACCCCUUCCUACCCUCCUGGGGUUUUG